GCCCCUCCACAGCUGCCGCCGCGGGACCCCCCGGGCAGGGGGACGAGCCUAUGGCCGGGAAGGAGCCGUUGCUGAGCGCCCUUAAAGGCGGGGUGCUGCGGCUGCGGGAGGACGGGGGGCCCUGCACCGACACCUCGCCGCACCUCGCCUCCUUCUGCCAGCUGCUGGAGACCAUCCUGCGCAAGGGGCUGCGACAGCCAGCCUGGGGGUUCAGGAGACGGGAUUACUGGCACUGGCUGGAGCAGCUUCCCACGGGGGAUGGCGGCAGGCCGAGCCCGCUGUCCAUCAGCAUCCAGAGAGCAGGAAGGUGCCGGGAGGUGCGGACAGCCCAGGGCCGCGGGCGGCUCUGCCUGCGCCUGGCUCUGCAGGGAAAGGUGCUGGCAGCGGCCGUGCGGCAGCUGGAGCGGACCCCCCGGCUGCUGGAGUUUUAUGAUCCGGUGAGCUCCGUCCUCGGCAAUGAAGACCUCCUGGAGCCUUUCCUCUCGCUGCUGCUGGUGGUGACAGAGAUGGAUUUCUCCUUAGACCUGGAGAACUGCAGCUUCUUGGACGAGAGCUGGCUGCUGCCGGUGCGCAUCACUUACGAGACGGUGCCAUGCCGAGCGCUGGGGAUAGUGCUCAGGUACGUGGAUGGCCGUGUCUUCGUCACAGAGGUGCUCCCUGAGAGCCAGGCGGAGGUGGAUGAGGUGGUGCUGGCCGGUGACAUCCUCGACGAGAUCAACGGCUGCUCACUGAGAAACGCCUACAGCGGGCAGGCUGGGGACAUGCUGCAGAAGCUGAAGGGACAACCACUGAGCUUCCGCCUGCUGCGGUGGCGGUGGCAUGACGGGGAGGUCUAUGAGCCACUGCUGCCCUACCUGAAGGUCCUGAAGGAGAAGGAGCCCCAUUUUCAGCUCCAGCAGGGCCCCCGGCACAGGGCUGAAGGGGAGCCCCGCAGGCUGCAGGGGGGCAGGCUGCUCUACAACCUGCAGUACCUGGGCCAGACCAGCAUUGGGAAGUAUGGUGGGAAAGAGGUGCUGGACUGGGCCAUCCCUGCUGUGCUGGAGAAGCACUCAGCUGCACGGGAAGUUUUAUUUGACGUGAAGGAAGCAGAAGUCCUGGUCCAGGAGAAGGCUUCUUCCAAGCUCCUGUGCCGCUACCCCUACCCCACCAUCUCCUGCGUGGGGUGCCGCGUGGACAGGAGAAACGUCUUCGCCUUCUGUGUGGCCACUUCCCCCGAGAACCCUGGCGGGAGCACAUUCGACUGCCUGGUGUUUGCAUCCAGUUCUGAGCAAGAAUGCGAGGAAAUCAUCAGGAGAAUCGCUGCAGGGUUUCAGCACACCGAGUGGUUUGUCUGAUAAGGGAGAGCCCUGGCUCCAGCCCCGGAGCAAGAGCCAGCAGAGUUUUCAGGAUAUUGGUGUGGAAGGAAGUGCUGUCGUGGCUCCUGCUCUGCAGACAAUGGUGCUGAGGAGCCACCCCUGCCCCUCCUUGGUACCAACCACUGCUGCUCUUCCUCCCCAAACACCACUUCUGCCACAGGACUUAGAAUGUCACUGCAAUAAAUCCAGGUG